UUGGACGCACUCGUAGCUCACACACGCGCACGUUGAGGACCUAGCACUGCACAGCGAGAUUUGAAUCAACUUCAAGAAGCUGGGGUGUUGACCACAGCAAGCUAGGCAGAUCUGCCGCUAUUCGACAAAUGAUGAAACUUUGAGUACGCCUUCUCGCACUGACCUGACGCGCACUUCGUGGAGCGAGCCCAGAGAAAAGUCCCCUAGCGCCGGCGCAACUGCGCCGGUGCACGCAUUUACCAUGUUUAAUAGGGGUAACACGCGGGUGGAUGUAUCAUCGGAGCCAGGCACGAGCGGGCGCUACCCUGAGCGGAUGAUCGACCAACUACCAGCAAACUAUCCAUGCGCCAAGCUGAAGCUCGAUCAGUUCUUCCUACAAUGGCUGUCGGAGCACCAAGACCUGGUCUCCACGCUUGUAGAAGACAUACAGGCGGGGCGCCCCAUACACGCGCCCACAGCGCCAGUGGGGCCGUCCCCGCUAUCGCCCUCCACGGCGCACAUGAUCUUCGCCUCCACGCCGCCCAUCUCUCCAUCUAAAACGCGGUCACCCGGGACGCCACUGUCCCCGGCGCGGAGAUCCACCACAACGCUGGGCGGCAGCCAGAAGCGGGGGCCGCUCGUAUCCAUCCCGCAGUUCUACUUCCCCACGCAAAGCAGCAACGCCGGGCAGGGGUCCGACCCUGCCACGCGCGACUUCUUGCAGCGGGCGGAGGCGGCGUAUAAGACGGACGGCGGCGCGGCGGGCCUGGGUCAGAAGGCGUUUGUGAAGAUGAUGCAGGAGGUGUGCGAGCUGCCGUCCAUGGUGGCUUACUCGCUCUUCAAGCGGCUCACGGGCUGCGAGGCGGGCGAGGAGGAGGGCGCGGCGGUGCCGCGUGACACGUUCAUCAAGUUCUGGACGGGCCGGGGCUUGGUCACGGCGCCACCGCCCAAGCGGGCGUUCGACAGCCUGCGGCCGGACGGGCAGGACUACCUGACGUUUGCGGACUUCUGGCCCAUGAUGGAGUGCGUGCUGCGCUACCACCCCGGGCUGGAGUUCCUGGCGGAGACGCAAGAGUUCCAGCGGAAGUACGCGGAGACCGUCAUCCACCGCAUCUUCUACUCGCUCAACAAGUGCGGCAGCGGGCGGCUGACCUUCCGCGAGUUCCGCAGCGGCGAGCUGAUGGACGCGCUGUACGCGUUGGACCGGGAGAACGACAUCAACAAGAUCCUCAAGUUCUUCUCCUACGAGCACUUCUACGUCAUCUACUGCAAGUUCUGGGAGCUGGACCAGGACCACGACUUCCAGCUGGACAAGACAGACCUGGCGCACUACUCCAACUGCGCGCUCUCGUACGUCAUCGUGGACCGCAUCUUCGAGGAGGCGCCGCGCAAGUUUAAGGCAGGCACGCCGCCGGGCAAGAUGUGCUACGAGGACUUCGUGUGGUUCAUCCUGAGCGAGGAGGACAAAACCACUGACACCGCGCUCACCUACUGGUUCAGGUGCGUGGACCUGGACGGUGACGGCGUAAUCCGGCCGCGCGAGAUGUUGUACUUCUACGAGGAGCAGCUGCGGCGGCUGGAGGGCUGGAACCAGGAGCCGGUGCAGUUUGAGGACCUGCUGUGCCAGCUGCACGACAUGCUAUCGCCCGCCAAGGAGGGCGCCUUCACGUUGCGGGACCUCAAGCGCACCAAGCCGCAGUCGGGGCUGUUCUUCUCCUCGCUCUUCUCGCUGCACAAGUUCGUGGGCUUCGAGAAUCGCGACCCCUUUGCGCAGCGCGCCGAGGCCGCGGAGUUUACGGGCCUGUCUGAUUGGGACAAGUUUGCCAAGAUUGAGUACUUCAGGCUGGCGAGCGAGGACGACCAGCAGGACACCGCGGGAGGCGCCAUGGACACAGACGAGCAGAUCUGAGGCACUGCACGGUGAGGCCGCGGACGUCGGGGGGGGCGGUUGUUGCUCAGCAGUGCACGUGCGCAUACGGUGCAGGGCUUGGGGGCUAGGGCCGCGCUUGGAGGUACCGGUAGUGCGCGGAAGGUCGUGGGGCGCGGAAGGGCUGGCCUCCGGUACAACCGUGUGGCAUGCGGUGGAGUGGGUGUGGGUGGAGCGGUGGGUGCAGGGCGCAACUGAACGCGUUGGCUGUAGACUUUCAGGAGAUGUUCAAGGUCGUCAUGGGUGCGCCUGCCUAAUUCUUGCUAUGCCAUAAAUGGUUUUGGCGGAGGCAGGGCCUGAGGUUUGAGUGCUGGACCGGAACACGUCGCCUUUUCGGUGGGCGCGUGCCGGAGUGUGGGACAAGGGGGACAAACAGCACAAGCAAGACGUGGGUGUGCAGGUAGGUAGGUAGAGUUGCAUCUUGUUACCGUGCAGGGGGACGCCGAGUUGGUGUCGAGACAAAGAAGCUUUGACGGCAGCCAGCGCAGGUGGCAGUGGCAGGCAAGGUGGCAGGCCGUGGCGCCAUCUAACCGUUUUGAGCCCAGAAAAACGAGCUAGGGACGUCUGGGGACUGGACGUUGCUACUGGUGAUGUGCGCAUCACUGAUGUCGCCUGUAACCUUGAUUACAG